UUUGCAUUGUUCGAGCGAGUGAACUUGAGGCUAGGAUUAGGGUUUCCAUCUACCUCGGACAGAAUGGGGGUGUUCACAUUCGUGUGCAGGAGUUCCGGCGCCGAUUGGAGCGCGAAGCAGCUCACCGGCGACCUCGAGGCGUCGGCGUCCUCGACCUACGAGCUCCAGCGGAAGCUGGUCCAGGCCGCGCUCGCCGCUGACUCCUCCGGCGGGGUUACGUCCUCCUUCUCUAUGGUCUCCCCCUGCUCCGCCGUCUUCCAGAAAGAGACAGAGGCGAGAAAGAAUAGAGUGAUGCCGCGGCCGGAGAUACAGGCCCCGCCGGAGAUCUUCUAUAACGAGGCGGAGGCUCGCAAGUAUACCACCUCCUCUCGAAUCAUCGAAAUCCAAGCGAAGAUAUCUGAGAGGGCUCUGGAGCUUCUUGCCUUGCCCAAUGACGGGGUUCCGCGGCUGCUGCUCGAUAUAGGUUGUGGCUCAGGACUGAGUGGUGAGACCCUGUCCGAGAAUGGGCACCACUGGAUUGGCUAUGAUAUUUCACAGUCAAUGCUUGAUGUUGCACGGGAGCGUGAAGCGGAGGGUGAUCUUUUGCUUGCUGAUAUGGGCCAGGGCCUAGGCUUGAGACCAGGAGUCAUUGAUGGUGCCAUCAGUAUCUCAGCUGUUCAGUGGUUAUGUUAUGCUGACAAGUCCUUUCAUGAACCAAGGAUGCGAUUGAAGGCUUUCUUUGGUUCUUUAUAUAGAUGCUUAGCAAGGGGAGCUAGAGCAGUGUUGCAACUAUAUGCUGAGAAUAUGUAUCAGAGUGAGAUGAUCAUGACUUAUGCCAUGCGUGCUGGAUUCGCAGGUGGUGUUGUUGUUGACUGGCCCCACAGUUCCAAAGCAAGGAAGGCUUACCUUGUGCUCACUUGUGGUCCACCUUCCAUGCAAACAUCCCUUCCAAAGGGCAAAGGUGAAGAUGGCGAGAUGUGCAGUGAUGAUGAUGAGAGUGGUGAUGAUGAAAGUCAAACGGUUGGCAUAUAUGAUAGAAACCGACCAAGGAAGAAGUUGAAAGUAAACAAAAAAGGGAAAGGGAAAGAAUGGGUUCUUAAGAAAAAGGAACAGAUGAGAAGAAGAGGGCAUGAUGUACCUCCUGAUACAAAAUACACAGCUCGCAAAAGGAAGGCACGCUUUUAAAUGGUCUGGUGGAAUGGAAGAAGUUUUUUGUUGAAGUUAAAAUCACAUGCAAGUUUUUGUUCGAGGGAACAAUGAUAUUUCCUGUUUUAUUUAUUAAGAUAGACUUUUCUAGGCUACUCGAUGUGGAGGUGUUGUCUGUGUAAGUAGGCUUGUUGAAAGCAUGCUUCAUUUUAUGUUCGAUCUACAAAAUUGGUUUCACAGGGAGAUAUUUGAUGAAUUCUGUGCAGUUCCUUCUCU